AAAAUAUUUACAUAAAAUACUCACCACAAGUCGACAACUCAUACUUUACUGAUUGAGACAGAGAAACGAUGGCAGACGAUGGCACGAGAAGGGCCACACAUGCUGGCUCAUGGUACAGCAAAGACGCGCGCGAGUUGAACUCGCAGCUGAGUGCGUGGCUGGAUGCCGUGGCGGAACAUCACACUCCUGCGCGAAUCAUCAUUGCCCCUCAUGCAGGUUACACGUACUGUGGAGAUACCGCCGCAUACGCUUACGCACAGAUCGAUCCCAGCACAACCAAGCGCGUGUUUAUCCUGGGGCCAUCGCAUCGUGCGUACUUUGACUGCUGCGCCCUGCCUGUGUUUGAGGAAUACGCCACUCCUUUGGGCAACAUAACUCUGGACACCGAAGUGCUGCAGGAGUUGAGGGCGUCAGGCGACUUCAAAGUGAUGUCCCAAAAAGUAGACGAGGUGGAGCACAGCAUUGAGAUGCAACUGCCGUAUCUGCAGAAGAUAAUGAAAGGCCAACAAUACACAGUGAUACCUGUGCUGGUGGGGCAAAUAGACCCAACGCAAGCAUCCCACUAUGGCCAACUGCUGGCAACGUAUCUGACAGACCCCGCGACAGUAUGCAUUGUCUCGACUGAUUUCUGCCAUUGGGGCGCACACUUUGACCACCGCCCGGUGGAUAAAAAGUACGCGGAAAUACACCUGAGCAUCGAGGCCACAGACAGAUUGGGAAUGACACUGAUAGAGCACAAGGACACCCAAGGAUUCGAAGACUACCUGCACCGAACAGGCAAUACUAUCUGUGGCCGCUAUCCGCUGCAAGUCAUGCUGCAUGCUGUGUCGGCGCUAGAGAGAAGCUCAGACCCUGUGGAGGUGCGGGUGAAGUUCCUUGCGUACUCGCAGUCAAGCAAAGUUGAGACGAGGAGUGACUCAUCCGUGAGCUAUGCAGCUGGGUCGGCUACUUGGAAGACCUCCACAUCAUUAGCCAAUCACUGUGCACAUCAUUAGCCAAUCACUGUGC